UGUUCAUUGAGUGGGACAGAGCAUGCCUCCUUCGAACUCUGGACAAGAAAGGUUCUUUAGAGACACUAGGGUUGAGGCAAUAGUGACCUCCCAGUUGACUUGGUGUCGGUCCUGAAAUGUACUUCCCUUUCAUUAUAGUAACAACAACAGGAGCUAUUGCCACACUUGCUGCUGCUGCCUUGACAGCAGUGUUAAUAGUGAAGGGUCUGAGUAUCCUAAGAAGGGGCACAAACACGGACCACGAGUGUAUUCAAUAUGCCGAUAAAAACUCCGUGCCUAGUUCCAGGACAGAACAGAAGGCACACAAAAACUUGGACGAGAUGGAACAGGGCUUACACGAGGAACCGGCUAAGAAGGGUCAGUGGAUCCACGAAGAAGCGGCCCCUAAGGAACUGAGGACACGGGAGCUGGAUGGGAAAGAGCCGAGCUCGCACUGGGAUGUGCGUGGGAAGGAGCUGGGCCGCCAGUCCUCGAGUCGCAGUGCCCGCAGUGGCGGCCCGCAGCGGGACGCGGUCCCCGCAGCCCGGCGCGUAGGCGGGAUGUCGGUGGUGGGCAUCGACCUCGGCUUCCUCAACUGCUACAUCGCGGUGGCGAGGAGCGGCGGCAUCGAGACCAUCGCCAACGAGUACAGCGACAGGUGCACGCCGGCCUGUAUAUCUUUGGGAUCCAGAACUCGAGCCAUUGGAAAUGCAGCCAAGAGCCAGAUAGUCACAAAUGUAAGAAAUACAAUUCAUGGCUUCAAAAAGCUUCAUGGGCGAUCAUUUGAUGACCCCAUUGUGCAAACCGAGAGAGUCAAGCUUCCCUAUGAGCUGCAGAAGAUGCCCAAUGGGAGUGCAGGAGUUAAGGUUCGGUACCUGGAGGAAGAGAGGCCCUUUGCGAUUGAGCAGGUCACUGGGAUGUUGUUAGCGAAGCUUAAAGAGACCUCAGAAAAUGCCCUGAAGAAGCCAGUGGCCGACUGUGUGAUCUCGAUCCCGAGCUUUUUCACCGAUGCAGAGAGACGGUCCGUGAUGGCGGCAGCUCAGGUUGCAGGCCUGAAUUGUCUGAGGCUGAUGAAUGAAACCACUGCAGUUGCACUGGCAUAUGGAAUUUAUAAACAGGAUCUUCCCUCAUUAGAUGAGAAACCAAGGAAUGUUGUGUUUAUCGACAUGGGACAUUCUGCCUAUCAGGUCUCCAUUUGUGCUUUUAACAAAGGAAAACUUAAAGUGUUGGCUACUACCUUUGACCCAUAUCUGGGUGGCAGGAACUUUGAUGAGGCUUUAGUGGACUACUUCUGUGAUGAAUUCAAGACCAAAUAUAAGAUAAAUGUCAAGGACAACUCCCGGGCCUUGUUGCGACUGUAUCAGGAGUGCGAGAAACUGAAGAAGCUGAUGAGUGCAAAUGCUUCAGAUCUUCCCUUGAACAUCGAGUGUUUCAUGAAUGACCUUGAUGUUUCUAGUAAGAUGAACAGGGCUCAGUUUGAACAGUUGUGUGCUUCGCUCUUGGCCAGGGUUGAACCACCUUUAAAAGCAGUAAUGGACCAAGCUAACUUACAACGUGAAGACAUAAACAGCAUAGAAAUUGUAGGAGGGGCCACUCGGAUUCCUGCAGUCAAGGAGCAGGUCACUAGGUUCUUUCUGAAAGACAUCAGUACCACCCUCAAUGCUGAUGAAGCUGUCGCCAGAGGGUGUGCAUUGCAGUGUGCGAUUCUGUCACCAGCAUUUAAAGUGCGUGAAUUUUCAAUAACAGACCUUGUUCCCUACUCAAUCACAUUAAGGUGGAAGACUUCUUUUGAAGAAGGGACUGGGGAAUGUGAAGUCUUCUCUAAGAACCAUCCUGCACCAUUCUCAAAGGUCAUAACUUUCCACAAGAAGGAACCAUUUGAACUAGAAGCAUUUUAUACUAAUUUGCAUGAAGUGCCUUAUCCUGAUCCAAGAAUUGGGAACUUCACUAUUCAGAAUGUUUUCCCGCAGUCUGAUGGUGAUAGUUCUAAAGUAAAAGUUAAAGUUCGUAUUAACAUCCAUGGAAUCUUCAGUGUGGCCAGUGCAUCAGUGAUUGAGAAGCAGAAUCUGGAAGGCGAUCACAGUGAUGCCCCUAUGGAAACAGAAGCCUCAUCUAAGAAUGAAAGCAAAGAUGAUGUGGACAAAAUGCAAGUUGACCAGGAAGAAGGAGGUCAUCAAAAAGGUCAUGCUGAGCACACCCCGGAAGAGGAGAUUGACCACACAGGGGCCAAAGCGAAGUCACCUCCUUCAGACAAGCAAGACCGCAUAAAUCAGACUAUUAAAAAAGGGAAAGUCAAGAGUAUUGAUCUGCCCAUCCAGAGUAGCCUGUACAGACAACUGACCCAAGAUCUUCUCAAUAGCUACAUUGAAAAUGAGGGGAAGAUGAUAAUGCAAGAUAAGUUAGAGAAAGAAAGAAAUGAUGCUAAAAAUGCUGUUGAAGAAUACGUCUAUGAUUUCAGAGACAAACUGGGCACUGUCUACGAAAAGUUCAUCACUCCAGAAGACAUGAAUAAACUAUCUACAUUAUUGGAAGACACAGAAAAUUGGCUUUAUGAAGAAGGAGAGGACCAACCUAAACAAAUUUAUGUGGAUAAGCUUCAGGAGCUAAAGAAAUAUGGCCAGCCCAUUCAAAUGAAGUAUGUGGAGCAUGAAGAGAGGCCCAAAGCUUUAAACGACUUGGGCAAAAAGAUUCAGCUUGUCCUGAAAGUGAUAGAAGCACACAGAAACAAGGAUGAAAGGUAUGAUCAUUUGGAUCCUGCUGAAAUGGAAAAAGCUGAAAAGUACAUCAGUGACUCCAUGAAUUGGCUGAACAGUAAGAUGAAUGCACAGAACAAAUUAAGUCUUACUCAAGAUCCUGUGGUAAAAGUAUCAGAAAUAGUUGCAAAGUCAAAGGAACUGGAUAAUUUCUGUAACCCCAUCGUUUAUAAGCCCAAACCAAAAGUAGAAGUUCCUGAAGACAAAGCAAAAGCUAACAGUGAACACAAUGGACCAAUGGAUGGACAGAGUGGUACAGAGACCAACCCAGAUCCAGCAAAAGGCAGCUCACAGCACACUGAGUCUGGAGAGAUGGACGUGGACUAAGUUUCAUGUACUUCCAACAGUGGGAUAACUACAGGGUCCAUUCACCCUUUACACCCGGUACACACAACAUAUGUUCAGUUGUUCUUAACUACUUUUGUCAUUUGUUUUUUGGAGUAGUUUUGAAAAGUGUCUAUAUUGAGUGCACUGUUGAUGCCCAUUGCUGCUGUGAAGCUUUAGCUGAAUAUAGAUGUACAAAUGA